GAAUCUCUGCCAUCCACUCCUCAAAGCGUCUGGAACGACCUUGUUGGUAAUGAUGAAGAGGGCCCUUUCCAGCGUCGCAGUAUGCUGAUGCGUCUGACUGGCAAGGAAAACGAAGUGGCUGUUCUCUUACGCUCUCAAUUUGAAACUGAACUUGCCACCUUACUGCUGUAUCCCAGUCAAUAUCCCAAUGUUGCUCGAAGGUGUCUGUUUCAACAGUUUAUGAACUAUCUACGGCACGUCUACCAAUCACCGUCAGAUCUGCUAGAAGUCGUAAACAGUCUCACAAGCUGUUUCCUCCCCUCUCGACCGCCCGCGGAGUCUCAGGAGGCGAGUAAACCCCGCAACAGGUUCUCCUCCAUCUUCGCGAUUUGCAACGAUCCUUCGGACAUCCUCUUCACCCUUCUCCCUCACACGUGGCCCAAUUUGGAAAUAUUCAUGGCUGUGGCCUGUACAUGCAUCUGCUUGGCCUACACUCGAGCCCUGGUCGCACUCGUUUUGAAUCAGUACAAUACUCAAAAUGCAGGUGCCGCCCUCACACAGCGUGAUGCUGUUAAUUUUGCCAAAAACCGGAUUCAGUCGUUGCCCACGCCUUUCCGGAAUAGCAUUCUCUCAGCCGUCUCGUGUCUGGAUCACAUGCUGGACAGACUCUCCCUGUCCGGCUCCUCGAACCAGCCGGACGCCUGGACUGCUGCUGGGGGCAGCAGCGCCACCGCGGCUCUUCCAACUUCAAGCACCGGGGGGACUACCGGCGCUACUGCAGCUAGCAGUAGCAGCAGUGGCAUCUCCCUGCUAGAGAGCGUCAUCCGUCUGAAC